AUGGCAACUCAUCGAAAUUCUUGCAGCUCUAUAUAUAUGAUACAGCGAACAAUGGCUUUUUCGAUGCUGCCCACCUUGCGCCCUAAUGACUGGCGUGCGGUCAUCUGUGUCCGUGUCUGCCGCAAGUGGGAGUAUCGCGGUGGGACCGAUGAUGGUCUGGUACAGCACGUGGACCUUGUGCUUCUUGAUGAACAGGGCAACAGUCUCUAUGGUGAAAUCCCUAGACCUGAGGUUCAUGCAAAGAGCCCGCUCAUAGAUGAGGGGGGCAUCUAUGUGAUUGAUCGAUUUAGGGUCUCCAAUGCGAAGGCAGCCUACAGGCCUGUUGACACCCCCUACAUGGUUGAGUUCACACUGCACACCACUGUGUCAGUUGCAAGAAGUGGCAUGCCUGACUUCCCAAAAUAUGCGUACAAGAUCACUCCUAUAGAUGGCCUUGCUGCUCAUUCUGGUGACACUAAGAACUUCCAUGAUACCAUUGGAACACUGGUGGAGGUAUCUGACAUCCACACUGUGCAUCUGCCUAACAAACCUGCGCCCACGCUCUCCAGGCACAUUGUUCUUAGGGACCUUAUCUAUUCUGAGAUAAAGAUCACUCUGUGGGGCCAAAGAGCCACUGCGUUCUCUAUUGAGGGUGUCUACGACAGCAAUGAAGCCAAGCCAAUCGUUGUCCUGUUUGUUGGAGGACUGGUGAAAUCUAUCCAAGAUGGUACUGGAUAUAGAUGCAUUCCAUGCUCAAACACAUCGUUCAAGUUCAAGCACAAGGUGUGUUUCAUAGCCCUCGAUGGCACUGAUGAAGCUGAGAUGGUUUGCUUUGGAGACAUUGCUCGUCAUAUGAUUGGGAAGCCUGUCCAGCAACUUUUGAGGACAUCUACAAGUGCUAAUGCAUAUCCACCUGAUAUAACAAAGCUGGUCUCUCUUAGAUUCACUUUCGUAGUUACAAUGACCCGUCAGAGCUACUACAGGGCCCAGAAGACCUACAAUGUUGCAUCUCUGGUGACAGCACAUGGGCAUCCUGUUGCUGUUCCGGCCAAUGCUGCACGUGGUAAUGCUGGAAACAAAGACCAUGGCCAUCUUGGUGCCGCUGAAUCUGGUGAUUCCUUGGGUACAAGUGAUGGUGCAGAUACACAUCAGCUGUUGUCUGCUGGUACACCGGAUGGCACUCUGUCUUCACCAGUCCCUUUAAACACUCCACCGCCCAAGCUUGAUGGCCUUGAAACACCGGUGUCGAAGAAACAUUCUAGAAGUGGCCCAUCCAAGAGCAGCAACCAUCCUUCCUCUCGCCGUAGGCUUUUCAAAGAGGGUACUGGUGCUGACAUUGCUGAUCCAGAUGGUGCAGGCGCAAGAAGAACUAAUUCUUUGCCUCUGAUGCAAAGUCAUCUCAACAAAUAUGGAAAAGAUGAGAUUAUAACCCAUGCCAUCUCCUGUGUGCCUUCUUACAGCGCUGCGUCUGACAAGACUUAG